CUCAAAUCAGGCAGACGGGACAUCUGAUGACAGGGAUGAUGUUAUCUAGUCAUGUUGAGCGGAGAGAGGAGAUGUUCAGCCGUGAGACGCUUGUGCGAGAAUGCUGGCCAAAGACGUGAUCGCACUAGAAUACGCGUGCGGACCACUGAUGUGACAGAUUGAAGAGAGGUUGCUGGCGUGAGAUGCAAGGCAACAGCAACAUACGAGUUCAAUGAGGUGAUGUAGCUUCAACUGCUAACGACGUGACUUGAAGGCUCUGUCGAGUUCAUUUGCAACGAUUCAAGUCGGGACAGUUUACAAUUACCUUGAUCAAAAUCUCCGAUAAGUUUGACGUAUCCUCUUCCGACCCAAGUAUAUACUAGACCCAAUUCGGACGAUAUGACAGUGAUUACAUGUACCGCAUCGGUCAGCAAUGAACGCGGCGACAUCGAAACACCGACACCAGUCACCAACCGCGUCAAUGGUAUCAAGGACAUCAAUGGCCACAAAGCAGCCUCGAUAUCAGCUUCUCUUGUGGUUGCAGAGCCCGGUAAUGACGAGGCAGUUGCAUCCUACCCGAGGAGCAACUUACGACUAGACGAAGACCAUCACAUUGACGAUAUUCGCCCCCUGCGCGCUGUGGUUAUUGGUGCUGGUCUAUCAGGUAUCUUAGCUGGUAUUCUACUGCCUGCCAAAGUGCCGAAGCUCGAGCUCACUAUCAUCGAGAAGAAUGAUGAUGUCGGAGGAACAUGGCUUGAAAACAUCUACCCCGGCGUACGAUGUGAUAUUCCCGCUCAUGUCUACCAAGCAACAUUCUCACCGAACACCCAAUGGUCGCAACAAUUUGCUGAGGGACACGAGAUUUUGGCGUACUGGAAGGAGCAAGCGCGUAAAUAUGAUGUUUAUCGCAAAGUGCAGUUCAGAAGGCAGGUCGUAGACCUCGCUUGGGACGACAGAUCGUCACAUUGGAUAGUGAAGGCAAGAGAUACUGUAACGGGAACUAUACAUGAACAGACAGCGGACUUUGUGCUACCCGCGUUGGGUCGAUUCAAUACAUGGAAGCUACCGGAAUAUCCUGGUAUCCAAGAUUACAAGGGACAUCUACGACAUACCUCCAACUGGGAUCCCGAAUUUGAUCCGAAAGGCAAACGCGUCGCAGUCAUCGGCAACGGAGCUAGCGGUAUACAGGUAGUGCCCAAUAUGCAGUUGGUAGCAGCGCACGUCGAUCACUAUGCACGCAACAAGACGUGGAUAGCAGGAUCUUGGGCAGGUGAUGCAAGGACUUUUGAGCCACAAUGGUUUUCUGAACAGCAGCUUAAAGAAUUCGAGGAUCCGGAGAAGUAUCUCGAGUUCCGCAAGGCCUUGGAGGAUAAGUACUGGCGCCGCUUCCCUGCUACUUUCCGAGGAUCCAAGGAGAACAAAGGGUUACGAGAGGCUUUCAUUGAGAUCAUGAAAGGAAGAGUUACCAAGAAGCCCGAGCUGAUAGAGAACCUCAUCCCUGAUUUCAACCCAAAUUGCCGACGCCUGACUCCCGGCCCAGGAUAUCUAGAAGCCCUGACCGAGCCAAACGUAGAUUUUAUCCAGACACCUAUCAAGAGGUUUACGGAGACUGGUAUCGAGACGGCAGAUGGCAUUGAAAGGCCUGUGGAUGCGAUUCUUUGUGCAACAGGCGCGCACGUUGACUUUCUACCGCGAUUUCCAAUCACAGCACAUGGACGCGAUCUAAGAGAUCUAUGGCGGCCUGGAGGUGAACAUGGUUGGCCGUACACAUAUAUGGGUCUCGCUACUCCCUCUUUCCCCAAUCUCCUCUUCAUACAUGGGCCUCACGGAGCCGGUCCAGCUGGUACAGUACCUCACAGUGUUGAGGUACAAGUCGUAUACUAUGCAAAGCUACUGAGAAAAGUUUCUUCGCAAGGCAUCAAGACAAUCACACCAUCCAAAAAGGCGACAGAUGACUUUGUGGAAUAUGCAGACGCGUUCUUUCCAAAAACUGUCUUGACAGACAAUUGCAGCUCUUGGGCAAAUGGUGGUAAAGCUGGGCAAAGAAUCCACGGCCACUGGCCGGGAAGCGCAGCUCAUGCUACAAUUGUUCGCAGGGAACCUCGAUGGGAGGACUGGGAAUAUGAAUAUAUCUCGAACUCUGGUAAUCGUUUUGCCUAUUUCGGCAAUGGCUUUACUAAACGCGAGACGGACGCGGAAUAUGACAUGACACCGUAUCUUAAGCUACCAGCCGAUGUAGAUCUACGGGACCUGCAUGAGCAGUGGCAUGAGCUACCAUAGACACGUGUGAGACAUAAGCUCAACAGCCAGAUCCUCAUUCAGGUCUUCGACUAUGUACUAGCAUGAAUAAUCAAUUCACAUGGCCCUGCUAAUUAUGCGACACGUAAUCGAAAAUCAAAGAACUCGAUGCGCUAGAUCUGUCUUUUCCUCUUGCUCGUUCCUAGGAGCUAUUCGGCUACAUAUUCACGGUAUCUCUAACUGCUGGGCACGGAAUUCAGUGGCUCGAUGUCGUGAUAUGGAGGGUGGGGCUCGUCUUUGAUCAGGGGGCCCUCUAAUCAC